CCCGCCUCAUCUUACCCUGCGCGGCCGGGCUCGCCAGCUAAAGCGCCGCGCUCUCCAGACCCUUCUUCUCGUCCUUUGCUCUUCUCAGCAUCUCGCCAGCUCAGGGGCGGUAGCAGCCCGGGAGGCAGCCAGCGGUGGGAGGAAGCGGCUUCAAGGAUGAAGUGCAAGCCAAACCAGACGCGCACCUACGACACGGAGGGGUUCAAGAAGCGGGCGGCGUGCCUGUGCUUCCGGAGCGAGCUCGAGGACGAGGUGCUGUUAGUGAGUAGCAGUCGGUACCCCGACCGCUGGAUCGUGCCGGGCGGGGGCAUGGAGCCCGAGGAGGAGCCGUGCGGUGCGGCGGUCCGAGAGGUGUACGAAGAGGCGGGAGUGAAGGGGAAGUUAGGCCGGCUCCUGGGCGUAUUCGAACAGAACCAAGAUCGCAAGCACAGAACGUACGUGUUUGUACUGACCGUCACUGAGCUGCUGGAGGAUUGGGAAGAUUCGGUUAGCAUUGGGAGGAAGCGAGAGUGGUUCAAAAUCGACGAUGCCAUCAAGGUUCUCCAGUGCCACAAGCCCGUGCAUGCCGAAUAUCUGGAAAAACUAAAGCUGGGUGGUUCCCCAACCAAUGGAAACUCCGUGGCCCCGUCCCUGCCUGAUAGCGAUCCCUAAUGAACAGCAAAUAUAUUUGGGAUUGGUCUAAAAGAAUCACUGAUACAAACCUAGCGAUCAAUGGAAUUAUCAAGUACAGGUGAGCACUUCCGUGUUCCCAAGGAGACAGCUCAUCUAGUUUUCCUUCUUCAUCUUGGGACACUCCUUCCUUGUCUAUUCCACUGGCUCUUGUUCUGGUUGUUGUACUAUUGUAUGUAAACAGACUCUUAAUUCAGCACCUAUAGCCUUUUGUUGUGCUUUUUUGAUGUAUCUGCCUUCUUCAUUGGACUAUGCUAUCUUUGAAAACAAAGACUAUUUUUCCUUACUCUUUGCAUAUUCUGCAUUUUAGACACUACUUGAAAUAUAGUUGGCAUUGCUGAAGGUUCUUUGAAUCAGUUAAUAUUUUGUAUUCACUGUGUGGCAAAACAUUCCCUUCUAAUCUGGUGCUAGUAUAUGCUGUCUUGGCACCAUGUAUGUGACUUUUGUUUAUGAGGUAUUUCAGAAACAUUUCAAAGCAGUUGUAAGAUGUUUGAGGGCAAGCAUUAUUACUCACAUUUCUAUGUCAUAACCAGACAGUGGUUAGCACAGUUUUAAGAUUGCUGUUUUAAGAUUAAUGUUUUAAGAUUAUUACUUAGGGCAACGUUUUGUAGAACCAGACCUUCAUAUAACUACUUUAGUGUUUUUGUACUGUUGAUAAUUUGCUUAAAAUUUUAGUGAAAAAAUAUCGCUUGCUAUAAAGGUAAUUAUAAAAAUAAAUUCAAAGAACUCAAUAUAAUACUGUGAGUUUUUAUAAAAAUAAAUUUUGAAAUAAUAAAUUGUUUUUUGCAAUUCUCUAACUGCUUCUUACAUGUCAUCUUAACAUCUCUUUGAGGAAAACACUGUUUUUCUCAUUUUAGGUUUAAUGUUCUGUAUUAUUUGAUGCCAUAGCUAACAAAGACUGCACUAUAGGUAGUUUUCAAAGUUAAUUAUGGCAAUUAGUUUGCCUAGGUUUCUUUUGCCUCUACCACAGAAUCAGUUGGCCACAGUUUUAAUCCCUUUUCCAGUACACUCUCCUAGGUCUCCAUCCCACCUCGUUUCUGCAUGUGAAAAUGCAGAGGACUGAAAGAGAGCUAAAUUGUUGUCAUUUAGAAAAGGCAUUUGGAAAAGAGGUUGCUAUGAGAUAAGAACACAAAAUGAAAGAUUUAAAAAGAGAGGACUACCUUCAUAAGAACAACUUUAAGAGAAAGACAAAGAUGUUUAGAGGAAAUUUUAUGGAGUUUUUCCAUGGGGUGGGUGAUGUCAGCACUCUUCCCCAGCUCUUUACAAAGUGCCCAAAGUGGAUUUAAUAUGGUAGUUUGAUUUCUUUUUUUCUUUUUUCAUUAUUAUAAGGCAAUUACAUCAGAAAUAUUUUGGACUCCAUUUUAGUGUUACACCCUUCUUCAUGGUACCAACAAAAUGUAUUGAUUGUGUUGCUAAAUCUUAUGUAAUUUGAAAUAAAAACACAUCUUCCCAACUUUUUUUUAAUUAAAUCAUAGCUGUGUACAUUAAUGCGAUCAUGGGGCACCAUACACUGGUUUUAUAGACUGUUUGACACAUUUUCAUCACACUGGUUAACAUAGCCUUCCUGGCAUUUUCUUAGUUAUUGUGUUAAGACAUUUACAGUCUACAUUUACUAAGUUUCACAUAUACCCUUGUAAGAUGC